UUAUUCAUUCGACUGAGAGCGAUACAAGUUAAUUGAAUCAAACGCUAUUGAUUUUUCGUCGAUUCAACAGCUCGAGCUUGCGGCUAAAAACAGCUUUUAAAGCAAAACAAUAUUCGCUAGCAACAAAUAGUAUUGACUUUCACCAUAGGUCUUGCCGAGACUGCCGUUCUAGAUAUUAUGGCUGCGAAUUUGCAACAGCAGCGCACCAUCAAUGAGCAACUGCGUCGUGAGGCGGGAAUACACCGCAUCCAGGUGUCGGAGGCGUGUAAUGCCAUGAUGAAAUAUAUCAUAGAUCAUGAGUCGGAUGAUUGUCUGUUAAGUGGAUUCACCAGUCAAAAGGUGAAUCCAUUUCGCGAGAAGAAUUCAUGCAGCAUUUUAUAAGCUCAAUUUUAAAUAGGUACACAAGUUCCUAGCAGUAUUUCAUAAUAUGUAGACACAUAUUUAUUGUUUACGUUCGCUUCGAGAACUCUAAUAGACUAGACAACUACACAAAAAUCUAUUAAUGCAUGCAUGUGUGUAUAACCUUUGAUGUUUGUGGAAAUGUAUGCUGACCUCAAUUAUGUCUAUAAACUGAACGUAAAUGAAUACUGUAGAAAAAUAUUUAUUACUGCAAGAGCAGAAAACCAAAUGAAAAUGUAAACGAAAAUGAAAAUGAGAGAAAAAAGAAAAAAAAAAGAUCAUGCCAAACCGUCUAUAACAUACAUAUGUAUACCAUGUAUUUUGCUAAUCCUAUAGCUCUUUUUUGGAGAACGGCAUAUUCGCAUAUACAUAUAUAUAUAUAUAUUAUAUAACUAAUACUAUCAAUUUUCAAUAAAUGUAUGAUCCUGACUAAAACAUUUUUCCUAUUGAGAUAUUAAUAAAUAAUACCAUAUAAUAAAUGUACAGAAACAAAUUUUUCCGUCAU